UAUGUCGAAUCACAUCUGCAGGAUUACAGCACGUGAUACAGCCGGGGGCGGGGCCACAAUCCCUUCCAGCAGCCAUUAUCCGAUCUGGUGGUCUACAAGCUGAUGUUACCCAGAGACCCCAGAGGAGGAGGAGUAUAUAGAGGAACACAGGGGUCUGUACAAGGACGUGAUGAUGGAGAAUCACCGGCCCCUCACAUCACUGGAUGGACCCAGUAACAGAGAUACCCCAGAGAGAUGUCCCCGUCCUCUGUAUUCCCAGGACUGUACAGAGGAGAAUCACAGGAUCCCACAGGAGGAUCAGGGUGUUGACCACUUGAAUACUAUUAAGUCAGAAGAUAUAGAGGGAGAAGAAGAGACGUAUGUGACUGAUAUAAAGGCAGAAGAUAUAGAGGGAGAAGAAGAGACGUAUGUGACUGAUAUGGAGGGAGAAGAAGAGACGUAUGUGACUGAUAUAAAGGCAGAAGAUAUAGAGGGAGAAGAAGAGACGUAUGUGACUGAUAUAAAGGCAGAAGAUAUAGAGGGAGAAGAAGAGACGUAUGUGACUGAUAUAAAGGCAGAAGAUACAGAGGGAGAAGAAGAGACGUAUAUGACUGAUAUAAAGGCUGAAGAUAUGGAGGGAGAAGAAGAGACGUAUGUGACUGAUAUAAAGGCAGAAGAUACAGAGGGAAAAGAAGAGACGUAUGUGACUGAUAUAAAGGCAGAAGAUACAGAGGGAAAAGAAGAGACGUAUGUGACUGAUAUAAAGGCAGAAGAUAUAGAGGGAGAAGAGGAGACGUAUAUAACUGUUAUAAAGGCAGAAGAUAUAGACGGAGAAGAAGAGACGUAUGUGAGGGGUGAUCAGCAGUGUAAGGAUGAAGAAAUCCCUACAGAUAUCAGCACAGAUGGACGCAAUACAAGGAAUACCUCGGAGGGGCAUCUUGUUUGGUCUCCAGAUUUUAAAUUAGAAGAUAAGAACAUCAUGCAAAAGUCUCCAGAAGAAAACAAUAUAACCCUAAAUAUACAUCCAGCACUUCAUAGUGCAGAUAUAUCAUCGGAUACCCGUAUUCCUGAGGAAUGUUCUCCUUGCAACUCACAGGUUGCUGCACAUAGGACAGAUCAUAGGUGUGAUACAGUCCUUUCCUCUUCUGAAUAUGGAAAAUGUUUUACACGUAACCUAGCUCUUGCUGGACAUGGUAAAAGUCACAUAGAUGGACGUAAUACAAGGAAUACCUUGGAGGGACAUCUUGUUUGGUCUCCAGAUUUUAAAUUAGAAGAUAAGAAUAUCACACGAGGGUCUCCAGAAGAAAACUGCAUCACCCUAAAUAUACAUCCAGCACUUCAUAGUGCAGAUAUAUCAUCGGAUACCUGUAUUGCUGAGGAAUGUUCUCCUUGCAACUCACAGAUUGCUGCACAUAGGACAGAUCAUAGCUGUGAUACAGUCAUUUCCUCUUCUGAAUAUGGAAAAUGUUUUACACCUAACCCAGCUCUUGCUAGACUUGGUAGAAGUCAUACAGGUGAGGAGCCAUUUCCAUGUUCUGAGUGUGGGAAGAGUUUUACACAUAAAUUAGCUCUUUUUAGACAUCAGAGAACUCAUAUAGGUGAGAAACCAUUUUCAUGUUCUGAGUGUGGGAAAUGUUUUACACAGAAAUCAGCUCUUGUUAUACAUAGGAGACGUCACACAGGUGAGAAACCAUUUACCUGCUCUGAGUGCAGGAAAUGUUUUACAGACAAAUCAUGCCUUAUUAUUCAUGAGAGAAGGCACACAGGUGAGAAGCCAUUUCCAUGUUCUGAGUGUGGGAAAUGUUUUCUAAAGAAAUCAGAUCUUGUUACGCAUCAAAGACGUCACACAGGUGAAAAACCAUUUCCAUGCUCUGAGUGUGGGAAAUAUUUUUCACACAAAUCAGCACUUGUCAUACAUGAAAGAAGACACACAGGUGAGAAACCAUUUCCAUGCUCUGAGUGUGGGAAAUGUUUUACAUGUAAAUCAGAUCUUGUAAUACAUAAGAGAAAUCACACAGGUGAGAAAUUAUUUACCUGUCCUGAGUGUGGGAAAUGUUUCACAUACAAAUUAGCUCUUGUCGUACAUCUGAGAAGUCACACAGGUGAGAAACCAUUUCCAUGUUCUGAAUGUGGGAAAUGUUUUUCAAUGAAAUCAGAUCUUGUUAUACAUGAGAUAAUUCACACAGGUGAGAAACCAUUUCCAUGCUCUGAGUGUGGGAAAAGUUUUUCACACAAAUCAGCUCUAGUUAGACAUGAGAAAUGUCAUACAUGUGAAAAACCAUUUACAUGUUCAGAGUGUGGGAAAUGUUAUAACCUGAAAUCAGAUCUUAUUAUUCAUGACAGAAGUCACACAGGUUUGAAACCAUUUAUAUGCUCUGAGUGUGAGAAAUCUUUUUCACGCAAAUCAUCCCUUGUUAUCCAUGAGAGAAGUCACACAGGUGAGAAACCAUUUCCAUGUUCUGAGUGUGGGAAAUCUUUUUCACAGAAUUCAGCUCUUGUUAUACAUAAGAGAAUACACACAGGUGAGAAACCAUUUCCAUGUUCUGAGUGUGGGAAAUGUUUUACAAGUAAAUCAGAUCUUGUUAUACAUGAGAGAAAUCACACAGGUGAGAGACCAUUCACAUGUGAGUGUGGGAAAUGUUUUACACGGAAAUCAUCUCUUCUUAGACAUCAGAGAACUCAUAUAGGUGAGAAACCAUUUUCAUGUUCUGAGUGUGGGAAAUGUUUUACACAGAAAUCAGCUCUUGUUAUACAUAGGAGACGUCACACAGGUGAGAAACCAUUUACCUGCUCUGAGUGCAGGAAAUGUUUUACAGACAAAUCAUCCCUUAUUAUUCAUGAGAGAAGGCACACAGGUGAGAAGCCAUUUCCAUGUUCUGAGUGUGGGAAAUGUUUUCUAAAGAAAUCAGAUCUUGUUACGCAUCAAAGACGUCACACAGGUGAAAAACCAUUUCCAUGCUCUUGAGUGUGGGAAAUAUUUUUCACACACAUCAGCACUUGUCAUACAUGAAAGAAGACACACAGGUGAGAAACCAUUUCCAUGCUCUGAGUGUGGGAAAUGUUUUACAUGUAAAUCAGAUCUUGUAAUACAUAAGAGAAAUCACACAGGUGAGAAAUUAUUUACCUGUCCUGAGUGUGGGAAAUGUUUCACAUACAAAUUAGCUCUUGUCGUACAUCUGAGAAGUCACACAGGUGAGAAACCAUUUCCAUGUUCUGAAUGUGGGAAAUGUUUUUCAAUGAAAUCAGAUCUUGUUAUACAUGAGAUAAUUCACACAGGUGAGAAACCAUUUCCAUGCUCUGAGUGUGGGAAAAGUUUUUCACACAAAUCAGCUCUAGUUAGACAUGAGAAAUGUCAUACAUGUGAAAAACCAUUUACAUGUUCAGAGUGUGGGAAAUGUUAUAACCUGAAAUCAGAUCUUAUUAUUCAUGACAGAAGUCACACAGGUUUGAAACCAUUUAUAUGCUCUGUGUGGGAAAUCUUUUUCACGCAAAUCAUCCCUUGUUAUCCAUGAGAGAAGUCACACAGGUGAGAAACCAUUUCCAUGUUCUGAGUGUGGGAAAUCUUUUUCACAGAAUUCAGCUCUUGUUAUACAUAAGAGAAUACACACAGGUGACAAACCAUUUCCAUGUUCUGAGUGUGGGAAAUGUUUUACAAGUAAAUCAGAUCUUGUUAUACAUGAGAGAAAUCACACAGGUGAGAGACCAUUCACAUGUGAGUGUGGGAAAUGUUUUACACGGAAAUCAUCUCUUCUUAGACAUCAGAGAAGUCACACAGGAGAGUACCAGCUAUUGUAAGAUAUCAGAAAAGUCACAGUUGAAUUGACUUGAUUGGUAGACAUGAAACAAGGUUGCAUUAAUAGUUUACGUAUAAUAAAUCUGUAUUAAGAGAA